CCAGAAAACCUACUGAACAAGUGCAAAGCUGGCGACCUGAUAGAAUUUGUGUGCCAGGCCCAGUACCCACACUGGGCGGUGUACGUAGGAGACUUCCAAGUCGUCCACCUUCACAGACUUGAAGUGGUGAACAGUUUUCUCACCGACGCCAGCCAGGGCCGACGGGGCCGCAUCGCGAACCACUUGUACCGCUACAAACCGCUAAACCCCGCCAGCGUGGUACGGAACGCCCUGGAUCAGGUGGGCCGCAAAGACCAGGAUCUCAGCUGGAGGAACUCCGAGUGUUUUGCCGCCUGGUGCCGUUACGGCAAGCGCGAGUUCAAAAUCGGGGGCGAACUGCGCAUAGGGAAGCAACCUUACCGGUUGCAGAUCCAGCUGGGGGACAAACGCAGUCACACGCUGGAGUUUCAGAGCCUGGAAGAUCUCAUUAUGGAGAAACGAAGGAACGAUCAGAUCGGGAAAGUAGCCGUCAUCCAAGAAUUGUCCAGCCAUCUCCAGGCAUCCGAGGCCGACAACGAAGACGGUGGUGCUAACGGCAAGCCAGGUGCCUGGACGGCUGCUGAGUAGCAGUCCUUGCACAGUCUUGGCUGCUUAACCUUGGCGACGGAUUAAAACUGAAUCCUGCGAAAUUGAGCUGUUAUAAACCCCUUGGGCUCUUCCAUUGCAGGUUGACUCCAAUCCCAUGUGAAGGAAAGGGGCAAAGCUGAUUAAAGCAUCGGUCCUCCAGCACUUAACUCCUUUGGUGCUUGCUUCAAACCAGCAAGUUUGUACGGUUGAGGGUUAAAUCUCAGGAAGAUCUGCCUCACUCGCUCUUUUUAUGCAUUGUCUCUCUCCCUCUCUCCCUUCCCAAAUUGCACCCCUGUUCCUCCUACUUUGAGCUUCUCGCUUGUUUUAAAUUGAGACGAGGUCCAGCAUCUGUGAUGGGAUUCAAUGGUAUAGCAAGGUCAUUCCCUCCCCCCCCCCCCAUCCCUCUUUUUUAUCCUUUGGCGUUUCUGGAAUCUGUCCCCCUUUCCUUUUGCUUGUUACGGUCUUCCAUUCUUCCCGUCCCCAGAUAUCUCUGUG